AACAGGAAGAAAGAAAAAACAGCCAAAACGGCGAAGGAGAACGGACGUGGAGGCGGAGGAGAAAUGGCGUGGGGGCGGAGAGAGAGAGGGAACCUCCAUGGAGUAAAAGAAAAGCUUCCAAAUGUCACCUUCCUUUUUCCCUCUCUCUCUCUCUCCCCACUCUGCAGAAUAGAUGCCGAUGCUCUGCUUUUCUUUCCACCCUCCCUCUCAAUCACUCUACCACCCUCACAUAUUCAUUAUUCAAUUCGCCCUCGCUUGACCUACCUGUCCCACCACCACGAGCUUCCAGGAGGAAGACGAUAGGUUGUCGCUGAAAGGAGGAAAGAGGGGUCUGCUUUUUGGAACACGGAGAUUGAUGGGUUCGCCAACCGGACUGGGAAGCGGCUAUGACUACUCUUUCAAGAUCCUUCUAAUCGGCGAUUCGGGGGUGGGAAAGAGGAGUCUGCCUGUUACCUUCAUUUCCCACUAUGUCGAUGAUCUGACGCCUACUAUUGGUGUGGACUUCAAAAUUAAGCAUCUUACAGUUGGCGGGAAGAAACUUAAGCUUACAAUAUGGGACACCGCUGGGCAGGAGAGAUUUAGGACGAUAACGAGUUCCUAUUAUAGAAAUGCUCGAGGAAUUUUUCUAGUCUAUGAUGUUACCCGAAGAGAAACUUUUACAAACCUAUCAGAAAUAUGGGCCAAAGAAAUAGAAUUGUAUUCUACUAAUCAGGAUUGUAUCAAAAUGCUUGUUGGCAAUAAAGUUGAUAUGGAGAGUGACAGAGUGGUAUCUAGAGAAGAAGGAAUUGCAUUUGCACGGGAAUAUGGAUGCUUGUUUCUCGAAUGCAGUGCAAAAACAAGGGCGAAUGUGGAGAGAUGUUUUGAAGAACUUACGCUAAAGAUUCUGGAGGUGCCCAGUCUGCUUGAAGAAGGUUCUGCAAUUGGAAAGAAUAACUUUCUGAAACAGAGACAGGAAAGCCAUAAGAACUUGGCUGGUGGUGCCUGUUGCUCUUAACUUCUUAUAGAUUUGAUUUAUUUAUGAAUUUAUGUACAUUUAGUUUGUAUUUGUUUGCUCUUCAGGACAAAAAUAGUUUUCAUGAGUGUAUAGUAAUCUUUCUUCU